AAUGGAGAUAUGAGGUCUGAAAAGGAGCAGAGGAUAGGAAGCAGGGAGAGAGGCAGCGUCGAGAUCCAGUUCAGGGAGUGUCAGAGGGAGCAGGACAACGUCGCGGUGAACCCGAAGCACAAAGAGGAAAAAAAGGAGACCUUCACUAAGGUUGUCAUACGCCGACUGCCACCCAGUUUAUCAAAAGACCAGCUCGAGGAGCAUCUGAGUCCUCUUCCAACUUUUGACUAUUUUGAGUUCUUCCCCGCUGAUCAGAGCUUAUACCCACAUCUCUUCUCAAGAGCAUACAUCAACUUCAAAAACCCAGAGGAUAUCAUUAUUUUCAGAGAUCGCUUUGAUGGCUAUGUAUUCAUUGAUAAUAAAGGCCAAGAGUAUCCAGCUGUUGUAGAAUUUGCUCCAUUUCAGAAAGUUUCCAAGAAAAAGUUAAAGAAGAAAGAUGCUAAAGCAGGAACUAUUGAAGAAGACCCAGAAUACAGGCGAUUUCUGGAAAAUUACUCUUGUGAUGAGGAGAAAUCAAUGGCCAAUCCAGAAACACUACUGGGAGAGAUUGAAGCUAAAACCCGAGAACUCAUAGCCAAAAGGACAACACCCUUGCUGGAAUACAUCAAAAACAAGAAAUUAGAGAAACAGAGAAUACGAGAGGAAAAAAGAGAGGAGAGGCGAAGGAGGGAACUGGAAAAGAAGCGACAGAGGGAAGAGGAGAAGCGGAAGCGGAGAGAAGAGGAGAGACGAAAGCGGAAGGAGGCUGAAAAGCAGAAGAAACUUUCUGAAAAGGAGAUAAAGAUCAAGCUUUUGAAGAAGUGUGAUCGAGACGAUGACGUGGACUCAGACAGACUGAAAGAUAAAGCAGACAGUGGAGAGGCAGAGAAGAACAGAUGGGAAAAGCCGGCAGGACACACGAAGUCAAAGGAUUCCAAGGAUAAUAGGAGUCAAAUUGAGAGUGACAAGGAGCAGCGGGAAGGUCACAGCCGUCGCCAGAGGGACAAAGAGCAUCGCGGCAGAGACGAGGAGCGCAAACGACAGAGGCAUCACUACGAGUUUGACAAGUUUAUGCGACGCAAGGAGGAGACCAAAUGGGGUAAAGGCUACUGUCAGGACAGAGCCAAGAAAGACCAACAUCAUGGCUAUUCUUUCUGCCCAGAGGCUGGAGACAAACUGGGAAAAGAGGAUCGAGAGGACAUGGGCAGCAGGAAAGAACGGAUUCGCAAUAAGUCUGUGUUAGUGCAUCAGGAGAAAAGGACUUCCCAGUCUGAGGGGCCAGACCAGAUAGGAGGGGCUCUGCCAGCAAAGGACCGACCCGCAAUGCAGCUGUACCAACCUGGUGCUAGAAAUCGCAAGCGAAUGGGCUCUGGGAACAAGAUGUUUGACUUCUCACCAAUCUCUCCCGAACACGGAGGAGAACACUGCUACAAGACGGUCAUUGGUACAGGCUCAGAGAAGAGUGCUGAUGACUGAAAAAAAUACCACAACAGGAAGAAGUCUACUUUUAGAAGCAAGGGUCAUGCCAGAUUAGAAAGAACACUAGAGAUCAACCUUGUUUCUGUCUUGUUAGUCAAUGUGUGAGUAUAGUGCAUUGAAUUAACUACGUGAUAAUUUAUACACAAAGUCAACAGUGUCAUAAAAUUAAAAUGAUCGGCUUCUGUACACUUAUCAAGGAUUCACACCACUUCAUUGAGAAUAUUACCUCAGAUCAGAUUUGUAUGCCUUUUGUAGUACAAGAAAUUUUAUAUAUAUAUAUAUAUAUAUAUAUAUAUAUAUAUAUAUAUAUAUAUAUAUAUAUAUAUAUAUAUAUAUAUAUAUAUAUAUAUAUAUAUUACUGUAAAGAAAAGCAGUAUGUGUUGUGAAAUCUGUUUUAAAUAUAAGUCAUGUGGGAUGGGGAACAGAAACAUAUUUUUUUCUGUAGGAAUAUAAAAAUGCUACAUUGUAUUAAUGAAACAUUUAAGCAUGUGACUCUUAAUUUUAGACUUUCACACUGUAAUGCCUUUGAAUGAUGGCUGUAUUGUCCCUAUUUAUAGACAUUGUGGGUUUUUUUUUGUAUUAACAAAUACAGCUCACAACAGGAUAUAGCAACUUUCAGAGCAUCGUUUUACCUGCGGGCCAAAAAGAACAACAUUGUUUGUUAAAAUCGUCUUCUGUUUGGUCAGAUAACAUGUUUUGUGAUGUCUCUGACCACUGUGCAUGUUUUUGAGAAAUUGCAGUUGUUCAGUGGUAGGAGGCUACAUGGGGUCACAUGCCUUACGUUUGAUUUGCAUGUAAAGAUCCCGUCUGUUAUUAAAUAAGUCUACAAAAAUACAGGUUUUUAGAAUUAUUGUUGAGUCCCAAAAAAAAGUGAACUCUGUAGAAUACUUUAAAAAUGUGAUACUGUAUUUGAUGGAUUGACCAUUUGUGUACAAUAAAGAUAUAUGAUUAUAUAAAGUA